AUUUUCGUUUCUCGGUGCAACAAGUCAUUGGUGUCGUCGUCGUUGCCGUCGCCGUCUCUGUCGCUAUCCACGCUGUUGCAUGCAUUUAGCACACCCGCUACGCUAUUGUGAAGAGAGUGGAAAACCAGGGAAAUAAUAAAUAUAUAUCCGAAUAGAAAGUGGAGUGAGUGUAGCAGAAAAAGCUUUUUAGCCUGUUCCGGCGAACUUUGUAAUAUCAAAAAGUAAAAUAGUGCACAUGGGUUCAUAGUAUUUGAAAUCCGUUCAAUGAACUUGCUAGUCGACAACGUUGACGACAAGACGAAGUAAAUCGUUCGACUUCGUACAUAUCUAUAUACACUAGUAUUUGUAUGCAGAGGCACAGUUAUAUUAAAUUGAUGUAUGCAUUUAUUUGAUAUGCAUACCGGUAAGCAGGAAAAUUCAUUGAAUUGCAUCCGAAAUCAAGAGCUUCGAAGUUGAAAGGGCUCUUUGAGUCUAGUAUUUACGUAUAGAUACAUAUUGACUCUCACAUGAAAUACUAUAUAUUUUAACUCACUAAACUGAGAAUGUCUUUGUUGGGCACCCGGUGAGAAAGAGAAGUCACAAUGCAACUUGAUCAUGGUGUAAAGGGCACCACAUGCUCCCAGAGCGGCAGUUCGCUUGACUACAGCAGCGAUAUAAAUGCGAUUAGUGUUGAAUUAGCUGACACAGAGGACAAUCAGUCGAACGGAUUAAAGUAUUUGCCCAUCUGGCCAGCGGUGAAUUUGGAAUUUGCAGGACUAUCAUACGACGUGCCUGAUCAAAGGAAUGCACAAAAUAUUAAACAAGUUUUGCGCGAUAUUAAUGGUGAAUUCCGUUCUCAUGAGCUCACGGCAAUCUUGGGACCCUCUGGUGCAGGCAAAACAACACUGUUAAACUUACUGGCAGGAUUUGGAGCGAUUAGUUCAGCUGGUGAGAUUCUGGUCAACAACAGUCCGCGGGACAUGCGAAUCUUUCGCAAAAUGUCUCGGUAUAUUAUGCAGACAGAUGUUCUCGACCUGCAAUUUACUGUGAGAGAGAUGAUGCUUCUGGCGGCUAACUUAAAACUGGGAAAUGAGUUAAAAUUGCAGCAAAAGCUUGAAGUGAUUGAUGAAAUUUUGUGUAUGUUGCGCUUAAAAAGUGCUGAGAACACCAAGACAGAAAGGAUAUCCGGCGGAGAGCGCAAACGGCUGUCAAUUGCGCUCGAACUCUUAAACAAUCCACCCAUAUUAUUUCUGGAUGAGCCGACAACUGGCCUCGACGAUCUGUCUAGUUCCCAAUGUAUUGCACUUCUCAAAAUGUUGGCAUCCGGUGGACGAACCAUCAUCUGCUCAAUGCACACCCCAUCUGCAAAGAUUUUCGAAAUGAUUGACAAGGUGUACGUGCUCGCUGAGGGUCAGUGCAUCUAUCAGGGGAGUGGAGAGAACAUUGUGCCAUAUAUGAAUCACAUAGGUCUGUCCUGUCCGCUCACCUACAAUCCUGCGGACUUUAUAAUCGAAGUGGCAUGCAACGAGUACGGCAACAAUUAUCACGAUCGCAUGGUGCAGGCAACAAGCAAUGGCAGAGUCUCCCGCUGGACUCCAGCCGUGGCCAGUGGCAAGGUGACACCAACAAAGUCGGAUACAACAUCGGGUGCCUCCUCCUACUAUGAAAUUGAACAAUUCGAGGAGGAAAUUAAUCCAAAGCUCCUGAGCCCGAAGUCCACGUGGUGGAUGCAAUACAAAUUGCUGCUCAUGCGAAUGAUGCUCCAAAUGUGGCGCGACAAAUCGCACAUCAAACUUAAGAUUUAUAUGAAUAUAAUUCUGGCCCUGAUUGUGGGAGGUAUUUACGUCGGCGUGGGAACACAUGCUUCAAAGGCCUUAUUCAAUUUUGGCUUCAUGUUCACCAUUGUCAUUGCUUAUUUGUAUCUGCCCAUGAUGCCGGUGUUAUUGCAAUUUCCCACGGACAUCAAGCUGUUGAAGCGUGAAUAUUUCAAUCAGUGGUAUCGAUUAAGCUCCUAUUAUGCCGCUAUGAUCUCUGCCAAGCUGCCGCUAAUGUUUGUCCUGGCCGUCAUUUAUUUGACAAUUGUGUACUUAAUGUCCAGUCAGCCCCUGGAAUGGUUUCGAUUCGUCAUGCUCUUCACAGUCGCAUUUUUAACGGCCCUUACUUCGGACAGUUUUGGCCUUCUCAUAUCCAGUAGACUUAGCUUGGUGAAUAGCAUGUUUAUGGGACCAGUUCUGGCUGUUCCCCUAAUUUUACUUUCGAUCUAUGGCAUUGGUUUUGGCAAGGAAAUCUAUAUAUCACCCAUAAUGCGAUUUCUGAUGUCGCUCAGUUUUCUACGCCAUGGUAUGGAGGGUUUAGUGGCUGCUCUAUAUGACUAUGGACGAGGCGAUACAAUUUGUGAUGCCGAAAUUUUCUGCAUGUUUAAGAAGUCGCAGUUUUUAUUGAUGUUUCUUGGCUUUGAGAACAUUAACUAUUUAUGGUCUGUGAGCUGUUUACUUGGUUUCUAUUUUCUCUUCACGGCUGCGGCCUAUAUAAUGAUACGACAUAGAUUGAAAAACUCGGUGGCAAAUCCGAUUGCGACUUUUGUCUUGCAACUGCUGGUAAAAUAUUUCAAUUUUACUUCAUAUAACUUCUAAAAUAUUUCGUUUGGAAGCCUCAAAACUAUUUUGGUCAUUGGUUUAUCAUAUUUACGUACAAUUAAUUGAUGUGAACAAGAUCUGGGAAUGGAAAAAUUAUAAUACACAUAAAGAAAACCCUACACACAAAAGCUAUGAGCUUAACCAGAUAAACCCCUCUGCCGCCCCUCCACAACCCACCUCAUUUGCAAACAACUAAGUACGCUCCAUUGAGAUAAGCAUAUAAAUGAAUAGAAAUAUAUAUCAUAAGCAAUAACUUUAUUAUAUUCAAUCUUACGCCAUUUACUUUAACUAGGAUUAAAAUGUAUAAAUAUAGAACGGCAGAGCUCGUGAUUUAUUUUAAACGGCA